UGAGUGUUAAAGGCAGCAAUUAUUUUAGGAAGACAGGGCUGUUUCUGUUGAAAGGGAUACUUGCAUAAUUCCUAGCAGUAUGUUCUCACUGUCAUUGAGAGAGGCUUCAUGAUUGAGUGCUCUCCGUAAUGAUGACCAUAACAGGGAGGUUUUGAGGUGGAGGUGUUAGUUUGUGGGCUACUCACCAUUGUUGAUUCAGAGCAGCAGAGUGAGGACCACAGCAGACUAUCUUUUAUAUUGCUAUUUUGACUGUAAGUGAAAGACUAGAAAGUGUGAAUUCUUAUGCAGCACAGCUUUUUUUUUUCAGCGCACUUAAGAAAAUUGUGGGGGAAUACUAAUACUACUGAACAAUUCGGCAGAAUUAACUUUAGUAAGGAAAUUAGCCUCACUACAACUCAAGAUAGCUUACAUGUUUUCAUCUCUUCUGAACAACUCUGGGGGUUCCAGCUCCCAGCUUAUGAAAAUGACAAAAUGGAGAGGCUGCCUCUAUACUGAUGAAGAAAAUGUCCAUUUUGCCAGAGAGGAUGAACUCAACAAGGGUCAUGAUGAAGGAGGAGAGGAAACAACUGGACCAGCUUCCAUGGGAUUUACAGCACAUAGCCAGGACCCAGAAUGCCACAGCCAGGUUCACCUGCUAAAUGCCCAGGGCGCAUUGAUCACCACCUGGGAAGCUGGUUGGAAUGUAACCAAUGCCAUUCAGGGGAUUUUUGUUCUAGGUUUGCCAUAUGCUAUACUCCACAGUGGAUACAGUGGGCUGCUUCUUAUUAUCCUGGCUGCAGUUUGCUGUUGCUACACUGGCAAAAUUCUAAUCGCUUGCCUGUAUGAAGAAAAUGAAGACGGGCAGCUUGUGAGAGUGAGAGGCACAUAUGAAGACAUCGCCAAUGCCUGCUGCAGAAAGCUAUUUCCGAAACUUGGUGGCAGAGUUGUCAAUGUGACCCAGGUGACGGAACUGAUCAUGACAUGCAUUUUGUAUUUGGUUGUUAGUGGGAACUUGCUGUCACAUAGCUUUCCAGCUCUACCCCUGACGGAGAAAACCUGGUCGGUAAUUGCAUUCGUAGGCCUGCUGCCUUGUGUAUUUAUCAAAACCCUCAAAAUUGUAUCCAAGCUUAGCUUGCUCUGCUCUUUGGUCCAUUUUGUUAUUAUCUUUGUAGUAAUAACUUAUUGUCUGACCCAAAUACACCGUUGGUCCUGGUCAAGAUUGAGCCUCUCUGUGCAAUUUGAGAGUUUUCUGGUUGCAGUAGGAGUCAUCAUUUUUAGCUACACAUCACAAAUUUUUCUUCCCACCCUUGAAGGGAAUAUGAAAAACCCUGGAGAAUGCAGAUCUAUGUUGAACUGGACUCACUUCUUAGCUUGUGUCUUCAAGACAGCCUUUGCACUCGCGGCAUUUCUGACAUGGGGUGAAGAUACAAAGGAAGUUAUUACUGACAACCUUCCAUCAUCACUACAGACCCUAGUGAAUUUGUGUCUCUUAUUCAAGGCCCUCCUGUCUUAUCCUUUGCCCUUCUUUGCUGUCACAGAGCUCUUGCAUGCUUACAUAUGGCCAAGCCAUAAAUCUCAUUGGCUUGCUGUCAUUUUAAAAAGUUCCCUCCUCCUGUUAACUCUGUUGAUGGCUUUGUUUGUGCCACAUUUUGCCCUUCUGAUGGGUUUAACUGGCAGUAUAACGGGUGCUGUAGUAUCCUUCCUCCUUCCUUCUCUUUUCCAUUUAAAGCUUAAAUGGGAAAAGUUAAUGUUCCUGGAGAAAUGUGCAGAUAUUUCUAUGUUUAUCCUGGGCAUCCUUUGUUGUGUAGCUGGUCUUGUUUGUUCAGUAAAAGGUGUGUUAAAAGCACUUGAAUAAAAGUCACAAGACUACACUGAAGCCCCUCAACAUUUGGCUCAGUAAAACUGAAAAGCACAACAGAAAACUGGACUUAGAGAACUAAAUGUUACUCCUGACUAAAGCAGAACCACUGAAUCACUGGGAUUUACCUGUGUAUCGAUGCAUGAUUCAACAACUGAUUCAACGGGUCUCUUUAAUUGGGACUAAACAGCAGCUUCUUGAACAGAGGAUUUCAGUCAAGGUUUGGUCCCACUGAAAACAACAGAGCAAGGUUGUAAUAGCAAAUGAAUCAGGUUAAUUUCAGUGGGACUAAAAUAUGACUAACAUUCACUAAAUUCAAUCCGAGUUAUCCAUAUAUGCAUGAAGAUGUCUUAAUUGUCAAUUUCACAAAUUCAGAAUCAUAGACCAAAAAAAAAAAGAUCCAAAAAUGAUACUGGUAUCUAACAGCACAGUAUCAUCCCUUUCACGUCCUGACAUGGACAUGCCUGUCAUCUGCUGAACUGUGGACUCAUCCAGAUGAGGCUAUUUUGAGCAAUUCAUACUAUUCAAAUAUGUACUAUUCCUUCUCUGUUACUUAAUGUUGCUUCUUGUUAUUUCCUCUUCCAAAUACUAUAUUUCUUGACUUAAAAAAAAAUCUUCAAAUGUCAUGGAGUUACACCCCAUGCCUGUUGUUCUGCCUUUUAAAAAUCCUUCCCACAUUAGUGCUAGAUCAGCAAGCUAAAAUCAGGGGUGGGAAACCACUGCUCCAGCCUGCCACCUUUUGUACUUAUGCUGUUACCAUAGAAUGACUUAACCAUGGCUUUUUAAAAAAAUCCUCACAUUAGUGUGAGAUUACAAAAAUAGAUAAUCUCACCACCCCUCUUAUCUCUGUUUCACCAUUUAACCAUUCCAGUUUCACCCUUUCACAUUUUUGUCUGGUUAUCUAGUAUUAAUAUAUAAAGAGUUUCUUGUUUUAAGAAAAGGCAUCGGGGGAGGAACUCCAUAGAAAGUGUAUGAAUGGGGGUGGUGUAGGGAAAAACUGGAAUAGUAUUACAAGACAAAUAAUUAUCGCUCUGACUAGAAGGGAAUUUUACCUUGCCACCUUUAUACUAACACUACAGUGAGUUUAAAUAACAACCACAGCAACAACAAUAAGCACAGGAACCUUAGGAGAAGGAGGAGAAAGUGACAAUUCCAAACUAUAAGUACAACUGGAGGUGGAAGGAACCACAGAUAAUACCCCAGUACAUGAUAUCAUCAGUUGCCCCAAAUGAAUUGAAAUGAAUGGUCUUCAUUAACCAUACUAAUUGAACUGCACUCCAAAGAAUUUUUAAGCCUAGAGUUCAAUAGGAACACAAAAUAAAAAAGGAGAAAAAUCCAGAAAUGAAGUGAAAUAGCCUACAGUUAUUUAAACGUCAUUUGGAUACUGGGUAGGCGGACAACAGUAAGUACAGCACAACAGCCCAUUAUUGGAAUGACACAUUUGGUCUAUCUGGUUGGAAACUGAGAUAGAGAUACUGUAACCCAGGGUAGGGAAGCAGCAAAUAAGACCUGUCUCUGUGCCUUAGCCAGGUCUGCAGGAUGUCAUGUUACAACAGUGUUUCUAAAACUCUGAUCUCCCAGGUAUUUUGGUCUUGAGCUCUCAGAAGCCCUGAUCAUUGGCCAAUGAAGCUGAGGCUUCUGGGAAGUGAAGUGCAAAAACACCCGGAGAACUGUAAUUUGGGAGUCACUGCGUUCCUAGUGUCUAAAAUACCAAAAAUGUCAAUUGUCAUUUCUACUGUGACAGUGAAAUGGAGAGCAUAAAAGUGUAUGAAUAUCCCCAGCUGUGAGAUGGAUUUACCAUAUCUAUUUUGUAAAACAUAAAUGUCUAUAUCUGAAUCACACAAACAAUUUUUCCCUGGAAAACCUGCCUUUGGUUGCCGGAGUUGAAUUAUCUGGACUGAAGAAGCAAAUGGGGAGUGUUAAUUAAGACUUACUUCAUCAGCCAGUUCAGCACUCCAGACUGAAUCAGUAUUAGUCAUACUUGAAAGCCCAUAUGGGAAAAAUAGCUGGGAGGAGCUGGUUUGGGGCAGAAAAGCAGACAGUUGGAAAGAGUUAAAAAUAAACAUGCUGCAUCUCCAUUCUUAAUUGCUUCCCCUUAAAGGAUUUUU